GAUGGCUUAACCAAAACACCCUUAUUGGCUCUUUUAAGCCUACUGGUCAUAGUUCAAAGGCCAUGCAGUACAUUAUACAAAAAAUGGCAACUGUUCCGACCAGGGGUGGACUGACAACUCAUGGGCCCCCGGGCAAUAGGGGAUCAUGGGGCCCCUGUGUCCUUGCCCAAACUCAAAAAAGCUUUUUUGAGUUUGGGCAAGGACAUAAGGGCCCCAUGAUCCCCUAUUGCCCGGGGGCCCCAUGAGUUGUCAGUCCGCCCCUGGU